AUGCGCAGCGACAUCUACUGCAGCAGUGACCCUGAUGACCCGCGAAGAUUAUCGCCCCUAAUUAUUUCGGUCGCAAACUCAGACCUUGAAAUCACGAACAUGCUGCGUCGUAAUAGGGCGGAUCCAUAUCUGGGCCAACUUGGUAACAGCGAGCUCCAGGAGGCCGGACGGCCGCAACGGGGUGACUUGUUUGCUCUUGAGGAAGCCUGUUACAGCGGAGAUAUCCAGAUGGCCCGCCUUCUGAUAUCGUUUCGAGUCGAUGUCUACAUGGGAUAUCCUUUGGUUUACACUUUUAGCGAAUCUCUAGACGACCAAAAGUUUCGCGGGAGAGCUGAAAUAAUGGAUUUACUGCUCGCCAGUGGCGUGGAUACUCCUCUGCGGGCCGCACUCAAGCAUACCGACCAUCAACAUCACUCAUCGAAUUGGGUCACAAAACCAAUGCCGCGCGAUGUCGAAUUCGUCCAGUAUCUGCUAGCAGAAGGAGCAGAAGUAAACGCUCCAGCAGCUCCACUCUUUGGUGUCACAACUCUACAAGGAGCCGCAUUCAAGUCGUACUUGCGCAUCGCCCAAAUUCUUCUGGAACACGGCGCUCACAUAGAUGUCGACCCAAGUCCCUACGGAGGCAGACGAGCAAUUGAAGGAGCAGCAGAACGGAGACGCAUCGACAUGGUGAAGUUGCUCCUGGAUAACUAUUACGAUGGACCCAGGCCCAUUUCGGAAGUUUGCAAAAGUGCCGUGAGAUACGCCAGAGAACAGAACCAGUGGUAUAUGAUGGAAUUUUUUGAAUCUUUUAGGCCGCUACAAAAGUGA